GUUUAGAUAAAUACUGAAAAAUGUAAUACUACUUGGAAGAGUGUUGUUUGUUGUGUUCAGGCAAUUCCAUGUGCCCACAUCUCACCUUUACAUACACAUACAAUCUUCCUACCUUCACCUCCAAACCAAUUAAUUGCUCCUUCUCUUAUUCUCACCCUGCUCCCUCUAACUCAAUCCAACAAAAUACAUACAGGUGUUUCUGUACGUAUAUCACGCUAUUCUGGUGAAAAAAAGACAAACUUGAACACACCCAGUGGGAAGGAAAAAGAUGGAGAAAAGCAGCGAUGGGUUUGUUCGAGCGGAUCAGAUCGAUUUGAAGAGCUUGGAUGAGCAGCUGGAGAGGCAUUUGAACAGGGCGUGGACAAUGGAGAAGAACAAGAGGAAGAAUCAAGAAGAUUACUCCACUGCCACCACCACCUCCGCCGCCGUCGCCCCCGCCACCACCACCACCGCCUCCCGAAGGCAGAGGCAGGAGUGGGAGAUUGACCCCUCCAAGCUCAUCAUCAAGAGUGUCAUCGCGCGUGGCACUUUUGGUACUGUUCACCGCGGCGUCUACGACGGCCAGGAUGUCGCCGGUCAGUCACCGCCAUAUCCCUUUUUCCCAACUUUUUCUUUUUUUAGCUUCUAAACUUUACUUCUUCUUUUUUAAUUUCAUUUUUUUUUUCUAUUUCGAAUAAUGUUUUUGUCAUUUUGCGUGGUGUUUGCUACUUUUGUCAAUCCUUUCAAUGCAUGUCCAUUCCCUUCUGGCCCUACCAUUAUUUUUUUCAACUCUUGAUGAAUAAUGCCUAAAAUGGAUUCUUGGUUUCAUUUUCGUUUGUAGUGAUAGUCUGAUUGAAUUUAGGUCUUUUUAAAAAAAGCUACUUUUUGUGCAUAAGAUUUGAUAUACUAUUAGUUUAUUGAUGACUGAAUAAACUAUAGUAGUAGAAGGGCCUUUACAAUUUGAUAAAUCAUAGUAUAUGAAUAUAGUUGGCCUUUCUGAUAAGCCUAGUUUUAAUGCUUCAUGCCUGUUUCCUGGGGUGGUUGUGUGGGGUGGGUGGGGGUGGGGUUUGGAGGUUGUAGACUAGAAAAAUCAAUGCCUUCUUAUGGAGUCCGUGACUCAUGGCACGGGUUUGGAUUGAAUUGUGAAGUUAAACUGUUGGACUGGGGAGAAGAGGGCCACAGGACAGAAGCUGAAAUACAAGCCCUAAGGGCAGCAUUUACUCAAGAAGUUGUCGUGUGGCACAAACUUGAUCAUCCUAAUGUAACAAAGUUUAUAGGGGCAACAAUGGGUGCUACAGAUCUUAACAUUCAAACUGAAAAUGGUCAUAUAGGCAUGCCUAGUAAUAUAUGUUGUGUGGUUGUGGAGUAUCUUCCAGGAGGUGCCUUGAAAUCUUACCUCAUAAAGAAUAGGAGAAAGAAGCUAGCUUUUAAAGUAGUCGUGCAGAUGGCACUUGAUCUUGCUAGGGGGCUAAGCUACCUUCAUUCUCAGAAGAUUGUUCACCGAGAUGUGAAGACAGAAAAUAUGCUUUUAGACAAGACGCGUACGGUUAAAAUUGCAGAUUUUGGUGUUGCUCGUGUUGAAGCCUCAAAUCCUAAUGACAUGACAGGGGAGACCGGCACACUUGGUUACAUGGCUCCAGAGGUUCUCAAUGGAAAUCCUUACAACAGGAAAUGCGACGUGUACAGUUUUGGGAUUUGUUUAUGGGAGAUAUAUUGUUGCGAUAUGCCAUAUCCCGAUCUUAGUUUCUCGGAGGUUACCUCAGCAGUCGUUCGCCAGAACUUGCGACCGGAGAUACCCAGAUGUUGUCCUAGCUCACUUGCCAACGUGAUGAAGCGAUGUUGGGAUGCUAAUCCUGACAAGAGACCGGAAAUGGAUGAGGUGGUUGCCAUGUUGGAGGCUAUCGACACAUCUAAAGGCGGAGGGAUGAUUACUAACGAUCAACCACAAACUUGUUUAUGUUUUCGGAAGCAUCGUGGCCCUUAAAAGUAUAUGAACCCACCACACUUCCUUGAUUAUUAAUGACCUACCACAAGCUUGUCUCUGUUUUUGAAAGUAUGGUGGCCCUUAAACUACAUGAACCCAUCACGUAUGGAAAACAUUCUCGACUCGAUUAUGCACAGAGAAUAGAAAAUUCCUAAUCAAAAAUGACAACGAUUGUUUUUAUUAAGGCUGUCAGGGAUUUGGAGCAUUUUCUCUUGUAAUGGUGGUGUUGUAAAGUUUCCCAAAUAUCAUUAUUAAUCGAUUUGAUCUUGGUUUU